UUUUCCAGUUUCCUUUUUAUUUUUCCUUUUUAUUUAUUUUUUCUUUGAUGGGUAGUAGUUUUAUAUAAGACAGUUUCUGGUCUCUUUCUUCUCUCAAUUGUCGCAAAAAGAAAAAGAUCGAUGAAAUCAAUGAAAAGAAGAUCUGGGACGAUUCAGGGAUGUUCUCAAUUAGGAUUGAGAAAGGAGAACAAGACGAAGGUGUGUGGGUUAACGUCGUUGCCAGUUGAUGUGGUUACGAACUGUCUGGUUCAUGUAUCGAGAUUCGACCUGGCGGCCUUAGCUAUGACCUCCAAGGCACACCGGUCUCUCGCAACCUCCCCUUUUCUAUGGGACUUGAGAUGGCGGAUGAAGCGCAUCGAGCCAUCUUACUACGUGUGCUUGCACAUAUUUCCAGACUCCGUCCCACGGUGGUUCAUCCUCCACCCGGUUCAACGUCAGCUGAAACCGCUCCUCCCGCUUUGGUGUACAGAAUCAGGUUCCUCUUUUAUGGUGGUGGAUUGGGGUAUAUUUAUCAUCGGUGGACUCGUAAACGGCAAACCCAUAUCGAAUGUCACCAUGUUCGAUUGUUUCGAGCAUGCGUGGUACAAAAUCCCGCCCAUGAAGAUGGCUCGUGCUUUCGCCUCAGCAAACGUUAUCGACGGCAAGCUAUACGUGUUUGGAGGGUGCGGGGAUGACGUUGAUUCCUCAAACUGGGCAGAGGUCUACAAUCCCCGCACCUAUACUUGGGAUUUUUUGUGUGUGCCUACUACGACUCGGCCAAAGAAUAUCAAACAAAGCGUGGUGAUAGGCAAGAAGAAGGUUUACGUGGUGGAUGAGGAUCGUCAAAUCUUCUCCUUCUCCCCAAGCAAACUUCCUCCUAUGUUUGUGUCAUGCGGAAAAACAGAUUCUAAACCAGGAGACAGAGACGACUGGUGUUUGAUCGGAGGAUUCUUAUUUUCCCGUGGUGCCCGCGGGACGAUACUUUGGUGUUUGCCAGAAGAGUUCGAUUGGAAGGAAGUCAAGGGUUUGGAAGAGCUGCAACAACAACAGUUGGUUGAAUACGAUAUCACCAAACUCUCCACAAACUAUGCGUCCAACAUUGUCAUCUUCUGGAACGCUGGUGCUACUGAGAGUUUGGAGCUUUGGUCUGCGGAGAUUUCCCUAACGCAAAUCGAGGCAAGCCAGGGACUAGAGAUUCGGGGGAAGAUCGAGUGGUCCGGUUCUGUCUACAAACUCGACUACCCUCUCUCAGAAUCAAAUAGAGUUAAGAAUGAUGAAUGCCUCUAUUUAUUCAACUAAAUUGGAUACACACUCUUUGGAGCUUACACUUGGAAACGGGAAGGCUCGUGGUUGACUUUGAACAACUCGGACGGAUUGUUGAUUAUGGAUGUGAGAAGCUUAUGGAGUAUCUUCUUCCAUAAGUAUCUUCUUCCAGUUAUCUGGAUCUUUUUGGAAUCUCAUAUGUUCAUCACUUUCUAUUCAAAUAUUCAGCAUAAAGCCUUCUCCAUGGAAGUGUUGGUAUUGUUGUUCAAUCCAUUAAUUUGGUUUCAAAAGCAUUAUUUGUAGAUAAGACAUGUUAAGAUGUAUGAUUAUUCUGUCCCCUUUACAAAUAUGUUUUACAUUAAUUAGUGACUUGUAACUGCUUCUCAA